UGCCUUUUUACUCUUAUUUUACAAAAGCUUUGUUCCUCUGCAAAUGCACAUGCUCUCAAUCUCCACUCUCUCUAAAUCCAAGUACAUGAUAAAGGUGUUUUUGGAUCAUUUGAACUGAGGGGAGUUGAAUUGAGUGGCUGGGUCUAAUUCAGAUUUCAGUGUUUCAGGUUCUAGUUUUUGGGUUGACUGGUGAAGCUUCAGGUGUUCAGCCAUUGGGGUGGGGUAUCAGGUGGACUUUAGGAUUUAUAUAGUCACUGGCCAAGGAAUUUUUGUCUGGGAAUUUGGAAAAAGUGGCUUAAGUAAAACUAAUUACAUGGGAAUUCAGACAAUGGGGUCCCAAGGUGAUAGUGAUAGUAAUGGCAAACAGUCGCAGUUUCAGCAGUUGACACAGCAAAAUUCAAUGUAUAGUCUCACACUGGAUGAGGUUCAAAAUCAGUUGGGUGACUUAGGAAAGCCUCUAAGUAGCAUGAACUUAGAUGAGCUUCUCAAGAAUUUAUGGACAGCUGAGGCUAACCAGGCUUUUGGUAUGGAAACUGAAGGGACUGAACUGACCAAUCAAACUGCUCUGCAGCAUCAGGCGAGUUUGUCGUUGACUAGUGCUUUGAGCAAGAAGACAGUUGAUGAGGUUUGGAGAGAUAUUCAACAAAGCAAAAAUGAUGGGGAAAAGAAAUCUAGAGAAAGGCAGCCUACCCUCGGAGAAAUGACAUUGGAGGAUUUUCUUGUGAAAGCAGGAGUUGUUGCUGAAGCAUCUAUGGAUAAAAAAGGUGGUGUUUAUGUUGCUGGGCUUGAUCUAAGUGCUGCACCGCAGCUUGCACAACAAGGUCAGUGGAUGCAGUACCCACAGCCACAAUAUCAGCAUCCACAACAAAGUAUGGUGGGGGUUUAUAUGCCAACCCAGCCUCUGCCACAACCUUUAGCCAUAGGGGCUACAGCUGUAAUGGAUGUCUCGUACCCAGAGAACCAGGUGCCAUUGCCUUCACCUUUGAUGGGAACAUUAUCAGAUUCACAGGCAUCUGGAAGGAAAAGGGGUGCCCCUGAGGACAUGAUUGAAAAAAAUGUUGAAAGGAGACAGAAGAGGAUGAUAAAGAACAGGGAAUCUGCGGCACGUUCACGAGCGAGGAAGCAGGCUUACACUAAUGAAUUGGAGAACAAAGUUUCGUGUUUAGAAGAGGAAAAUAAAAGGUUGAGGAAACGAAAGGAGCUGGAGCAGAUGCUGCCAUGUACUCCGCCUCCCGAGCCGAAAUAUCAGCUUCGUAGAACGACAUCAGCCCCAUUCUAACAAGUUUUGCAUAUACCACGAGCUUCUGGCUUUUUUCAAUUGAGGCAUAACUUAAGUGAGCACCACCCACAAUCUGCAUCUUCCAGAGGCAGCUGUUGUUUCAUAUGCUGGUGAUGGUUGCUUCUCCCUUCUUAGAGGUUUUUCAUGUAUCUACCUUUUUACUGUGAAAUCAAUUCAACUAGAAAUUUUCAUGUCACCUUUUCUACUCUCUAACCAUUGAGUGUUAAGAUUUGUAGCUAAAUGUGUAGUUUUUGAGUUUUUAUUCCCUCUUUUGAUAUGAGCAUUUCGCCACUUUAGUGAAGCUUAUAGUACAACAAAACACAUACACAUAUAUACAUAAAUACAUUAUGUUAUGUAUACAUUAUUGAUCGAAGUCAUCCCCGAUUUACAAAUUUUAAUGUGCUUGGUUUGAACAUGAAUUUGAAAGAAUAAUUUUGGGUUUGAUUUGUCAUACAAUUUGUGAGUGGAUGUAGAUUAUUCGAUCUGAACAUGAAUAUCAAAGACUGAUGAGAGAUUUAUAUGAUUUGGAAAUCCAUCUUACUGUUAAAUAAUUCUAAAUAAUUCCUUUAAAAUAAAUGAAAUAAA